AUGGCCGACGACAAGAACCAGGCUCCCUCGACGCUCCAGUCGUACGUCGACUCUGCCACGGGCGCCGUCCAAAGCGCCAUUGGCAGCCUGACCGGCAACACGGGCGACAAGGCCAAGGGCGAGGUUCGCAAGGACCACGCCGAGGCCGAGCACGACGCCUCCCAGGCUGCUCUCAAGGUGCCCGGCGGCACCGUCUCCAGCUCCGGCGGCGUCAGCAAGGAUGACCCCAACCGCACCCAGGGCUCGUGGAACCAGACGGUGGGGUCUGCCAAGGAGGCAGUUGGCGGACUCAUUGGCAACGAGUCUCUCAAGAACUCCGGCCGCCAGCAGAACCUCGAGGGCCAGCAGCAGGAGGCCAAGGGUCAGCUCAGUGAUCUCGGCUCCGGCAUGGCCAACCGCGCCCAGGGCACUCUCGGUGGUGCCGUUGCCGGCCUGACUGGUGACAAGUCCGGCCAGGAGCACUACGACCAGAUGCGCGCGGAUGGCAAGGCACAGCAGCGGGGAGUCGAGCAUGACCUGCAGAAGAAGGCCGAGGCGGAGCGCAAGUAG